AUGUACGGGGGAGAUGAAGUUUCGGCUGUAGUGGUGGACUUGGGUUCGCAUACCUGCAAAGCUGGUUAUGCUGGUGAAGAUGCGCCCAAAGCUGUUUUUCCAUCUGUUGUUGGAUCAAUUGAUCAAAUGGAAGUUGAUGAACCUGAUAUUCCUGACAAGAAUUCAGGAUCUGCUUCUGAUACCAAAUCCAAGGGUAAGCGCAAGUUUUAUGUAGGAUCUCAAGACUUGGGAUUCCGACGCGAUCACAUGGAGGUGCUGUCACCCUUCAAGGAUGGAAUAGUUAUUGACUGGGAUAUGGUUGAAAGCAUAUGGGACCAUGCCUUGAGGAAAUGCCUGUUAAUUGAUCCAAAAGAGCAUCCCAUGCUACUUGCUGAGCCAUGUUCUAAUACCCAACAACAGAGAGAAAAAGCUGCAGAGAUUAUGUUUGAAAAAUACCAAGUUCCUGCAUUAUUUUUGGCCAAAAAUGCUGUACUCACAUCUUUUGCAUCAGGCCGUGCAACCUCUUUAAUUGUUGACAGUGGUGGAGGGUCAACUACCGUGGCUGCGGUACAUGAUGGAUAUGUUCUUCAGAAGGCUGUGGCAACAUCUCCCAUCGGGGGUGAAUUUCUUACAGAUUGCUUGUUGAAAAGCUUGGAACAGAAAGGCAUUUCCAUAAAGCCACGAUAUGCAUUUAAAAGGAAGGAUAUUCGCCCUGGAGAAUUCCAGACAGUGCACCUUGACUUUCCAAAUACAACUGAAAGUUACAAACUCUAUUCCCAGAGGGUGAUUGUUAGUGACAUAAAAGAAUGCGUGUGUCGAGCACCAGAUACUCCAUAUGAUGAGAGUUCGUAUUCAAAUAUCCCAAUGACAUCUUAUGAGCUUCCUGAUGGACAGAUGAUAGAAAUCGGAGCUGACAGAUUUAAGAUUCCUGAUAUUCUAUUCAAUCCAUCAUUAGUUCAGAGUAUCCCUGGCAUGGAAACAUAUGCAAAGACUACUACAUCUGUUCGUGGUUUGCCGCAAAUGGUUAUUGAGAGCAUUAACAAGUGUGAUGUUGACAUACGCAGAGAACUAUUUAGCAGCAUAUUGCUUGCUGGUGGCACGGCGUCAAUGCAACAAUUGAAAGAACGUUUGGAGAAAGAUUUACUUGAGGAAUCUCCUCAAGCAGCAAGAGUUAAAGUGCUGGCAAGUGGAAAUGCUACUGAGAGGAGAUUUAGUGUUUGGAUUGGAGGGAGUAUAUUGGCAUCGCUUGGUUCUUUUCAGCAAAUGUGGUUCUCAAAGUCUGAAUUCGAAGAGCAUGGAGCUUCGUAUAUUCAAAGGAAAUGCCCGUAA